AAGUCUUUUAUCUUUCAACUUCUCUGGAUUCUGAUAAACUCUUGGUGUUUCGGUUAAUUAUACUUUUUGUGGCGAACAUUUACUUUUCUGUGGCCUACCUUCACAUAACUGUAUAUCACCGAGGAGAACACACUCGAUUACUGAGAAGGCUGCAUUUUUGAGAUUGUUCAAAUUGAUAACGAUUGAGUUUAUAAUUGGGAAGUUUUUUUCGAUGCCAUGGCAACGAAUGAGGAAACAAACGUUACCUCAACUGCUGAUGUAGAGAAAGAGAAAGACGACUUAUCCAGUAGUUCACCUCAAGUUGUUAAGUCAGCCGUGGAGUCUGUUCAGCCUCAGGAAGUAACAAGUGAUAUACCCCCUCCCGUAGUUAAAGCCUCACCAGCACCCAUGGAGACCGAAGGCGUGACACCUAAAGAAAGUAUUGUCAUCAAAAGAUCAGUGGAGUCACAACCUGCACCAGCUCCGACGACCGCACCACCCUCAAUUUCCGUAAAACCUCGACAACCAGAGGAACCUGAGACACGUCCAAGAACUAAAAAACCAGAAUCGUCCACAUCUUCGACAGCCAAAUCAUAUCAGAAAGUGUCUUCAUCGCGAACCAAAACUAGUUCGGAUUAUCAAUAUGGGGAUUAUCUUGGAGCAUUAUCCAGAGAAUUUCGGGGCACGAGCCCAGCUGUACUUGAAAACAUCGCCACUCAUCCUCUUUUAUAUUCAAAAGCUUAUGAGCCUUCGAGAAGUUCAGGUUCGAAAUUAAGUUCUCGAAGUCGAAAAGUUAUUCGUGACACGGCUGAGUUAGCUGCGACAUGUCCGGGAUUAAAGAGUCUUCUUGAAGCUCGUAUUGAGGAGUUAGAAGAAGAACUUGAAGCCGAACGACAAGCUAGGUCCAAGGUUGAGAAACAGCGUAAUGAUUUAUCUCGUGAGAUUGAAGAUAUCAGCGAACGACUGGAUGAAGCCGGUGGUGCCACUUCUGCUCAGAUUGAAAUCAACAAAAAACGUGAACAGGAAUUAUUGAAACUUAGAAGAGAUUUAGAAGAGAACCAACUACAGCACGAAUCCCAAAUUUCCAGUCUUCGUAAAAAGCAACAAGAUGCCAAUAAUGAGUUAUCGGAUCAAAUCGAUCAACUACAAAAAAUUAAGAGCAGAUUGGAAAAAGAAAAACAACAGAUUAAAUCGGAGGCUGAAGAUGCCAUACAUCAACUACAACACGCCAGUAAAAAUAAGGGUAUGUCUGAAAAGAUGUCAAAACAGAUUGAGGCUCAAAUGGCCGAACUUAACGCUAAAGUAGAAGAGGGUAACCGAACGAUAAGUGAGUUACAGCACACCAAAGGAAGACUCCAACAAGAGAGUUCUGAGCUCACUCGUCAACUCGAGGAGGCAGAACAUCAUGUUGGCCAGCUCACCAAAGAGAAGACUGGAUUAGCUUCUCAACUUGAUGAAGCUAAACGAUCGCUUGAAGAUGAGACACGACUUCGCCAGAAACUCCAAAGUGAGGUUCGCAACCUUAACUCUGAUCUCGACGGUGUUCGUGAACAACUUGAGGAAGAACAGGAAGGCAGAAGCGACUUACAGCGCCAGCUUUCCAAAGCCAAUGCCGAAGCCCAGCAAUGGCGAGCUAAAUAUGAAGGUGAAGGAGCAGCGCGAGCAGAAGAGCUAGAAGAAUCUAAGCGAAAACUACAAAUUAAACUUUCUGAAGCUGAACAGAAUGCCGAAGCCGCGAAUUCCAAAGUCAACAAUUUGGAGAAAGCCAAGGCCAGACUUCAGGGAGAACUCGAGGACCUUAUGAUCGACGUUGAACGUGCCAACUCAAAUGCCAACCAACUUGAAAAGAAACAGCGUGGAUUCGACAAAACUAUCCAGGAAUGGCAAGCUAAAUGUAAUGACCUCCAGUCCGAAUUAGAAAAUGCACAAAAAGAAGCCCGUGGUUAUUCUGCUGAACUAUUUAGGGUGAAGGCCAAGGGCGAAGAAGCUCAGGACAGCAUUGAAUCCCUUAGACGUGAAAACAAAAAUCUUGCAGAUGAGAUUCAUGAUCUUACUGAUCAGCUCAGCGAAGGAGGCCGCAACGUUCAUGAGGUGGAAAAGGCUCGUAAACGACUAGAAUUGGAGAAGGAAGAACUUCAGUCGGCACUUGAAGAAGCUGAAGCAGCUCUUGAACAAGAAGAGGCUAAAGUUAUGAGAGCUCAACUAGAAAUUUCACAAGUUCGUCAAGAUAUUGAUAGGCGUCUUCAUGAAAAAGAUGAUGAAUUCGAAAACACAAGACGUAAUCAUCAACGCGCUAUAGAAUCCAUGCAAGCGUCCCUUGAAGCUGAGUGCAAGGGCAAAGCUGAAGCUAUGAGGAUCAAGAAGAAAUUGGAACAAGAUAUCAACGAGCUUGAAAUAGCCCUUGAUGGUGCUAAUCGAGGUCGUGCUGAGCUUGAAAAGGCUGUUAAGAGACACCAGCAACAAAUCUUAGAGUUACAAUCUCAUUGUGAAGAGGAACAACGCCAAAGAGAAGAAGCCAGAGAAGCGUUCAAUCUGGCAGAACGACGAUGUGCUGCGAUCAGUGGUGAAGUUGAAGAACUUAGAACAGCUCUUGAACAGGCUGAACGUGCCCGAAAGGGAGCUGAAAAUGAACUAACUGACGCCAAUGACCGUGUAAACGAACUGGCCGCCCAAGCAAGCUCUAUUCAGAGCCAGAAGCGAAAGUUAGAGGGAGACAUCAACGCCAUGCAAGCUGAUCUUGAUGAAAUGAACAGUGAACUCAGAAACUCUGAGGAUCGAGCUAAGAAGGCGAUGGCCGAUGCUUCUCGACUUGCAGAAGAACUCCGAAAUGAACAAGAACAUGGUUUGCAGAUCGAAAAACUCCGAAAGGGUCUCGAAAACCAUACCAAAGAACUACAGGUACGCCUUGAUGAAGCUGAGUCUCAGGCUCUGAAGGGUGGUAAAAAGAUUAUCAGUAAACUAGAAACCAGAGUUCGAGAACUCGAAACUGAACUAGAUGGCGAACAACGUCGCCAUGCGGAAACACAAAAGAACAUGCGUAAAGCAGAUAGGCGUCUUAAAGAAUUAGCCUUCCAAGCUGAAGAGGAUAGAAAGAACCAGGACCGCCUACAGGAACUCAUUGAAAAACUGCAGGGCAAGAUUAAAACAUACAAGAGACAAGUUGAGGAAGCUGAGGAAAUUGCAGCUGUCAACUUGGCUAAAUUCCGUAAAGUCCAGAGUGAACUGGAAGAUGCCGAAGAGAGGGCUGAUAACGCUGAAGGUACAGUGAAUAAACUUCGCGCCAAAAACAGGAGCUCUGUCUCGCAGGGCCGAACAAGUGCCAGUCCAGGAGGACGUGCUGGUUCUGUCUCCCGCUCUGCAAGAGCCGGCUCUGCUUCGCUGUUGUGAGUUUUCUGACUUGUAUGGUCACAGCACACUUAGAUCUUCAGGAGCUGGACGGCAGUCGUCCUACAGAACUCUUUCUCCGUCCAAUGAGGGGGAGGACUUUUAAAACUUUUGGGGGAUUUUGUUUUACAGUAGCCGUUGUGCCUUACUCUAUAUCGACAAUAUGUGCUGUAAAAAAAGACAUUUAUUAUGUGCAAUAUACUGUGCAAUAUAUUUACGUAAUGGUGAUAAGACAUGUAUUAUUUUUGGAAUUCAAUUUUUAAUUUAUUUUUUCAAGUUGCAAGCAACGCAUAUGAGCAUAUUUUUAAUUUGACUCGGUGAAAAUGUGUUUGUGUGAUACCUGUGCUUAUUCGACAAGUUUUACAAAGUGUCCUUAAAAUAAACUCAAUUAUUUUUGUAGAUAUUUCUCGUCCAUUUGUUAUUACAAUUAAUUAAAAACUGUAUUAGAAGUUAAUUUUUCAUUAUAUAUAAUAUUUAUUUAUUAUAAUGACCCUACAUUGGAUUAGGUUGCUUUAUAUUUAUUCCGAAUAAUGAAUCAGGCCUCCUCAUUGGACCGCAUCAUGGAAACAAUAGAGUAAAUUUAUUUAUACAAUUCAAUGUAUUUUGUUUCGGUUUUUGCUUAUUGAUUGUUUUUCUUUUUUUUCUCUCAAACACUAUUGUAAACCUUUGAAAUACGAAAGAAAUUAUAUCUCUCUUAACGCAAAA